AUGGCGACCAAGGGAGGGAACGCGAGCGCCGUCCCGAUGGGGGCGCUGCUGGUGGCCGCGCUCCUCCUUAGCUCUUUGGCUCCCGCCUACGCGUCCUCGUACCCCACAAGGGUGGUGAGCGGGUUCCUCUCCAAUGCGGCGUCGUCGGUGGUGAAGCGGCUGUGGUCGCUCAAAUCCACCACCAAGACAGCAGCGAGCGGAGGCAAGUCGAUGGUGAAGUACGAGGGCGGGUACACCGUGGAGACGAUCUUCGACGGCAGCAAGCUGGGGAUCGAGCCCUACUCCGUGGAGGUCACCCAGGGCGGCGAGCUGCUCGUCAUGGACUCCAUGAACAGCAACAUCUACAGGAUGGCGCUGCCGCUGUCCCGAUAUAGCAGGCCGAAGCUUGUUGCUGGUUCCCCUGAAGGAUUUCCUGGUCAUGUUGAUGGGAAGCUGCGAGAGGCGAGGAUGAACCAUCCAAAGGGAUUUACAGUGGAUGACAGGGGUAACAUCUAUGUGGCUGAUGCCAUGAACAUGGCCAUUAGAAAGAUCAGUGAUACAGGGGUUACAACUAUUGCUGGGGGAAAAUCAGGCAGAGGAGGGCAUGUUGACGGACCAAGUGAUGAGGCAAAAUUUUCUACUGAUUUUGAAGUUCGUUACAUUGGCAGUAGCUGCUCCCUUCUGGUGAUUGACAGAGGAAACCAAGCAAUUCGGGAGAUUCAGCUCCACUUUGAUGACUGUGUGUACCAGUAUGAAGCUGGUUUUCCUCUAGGAGUCGCACUGCUUCUUGCUGCCGCUUUCUUUGGCUACAUGCUUGCACUGCUUCAACGCCGAGUUUUAGGGAUGUAUUCAAAUGGAGAUGAGCAGGAACAUGAGAGUCCAGUAAAAGCUAAAUUAUCCAGCAUUCCACCUCCAUACCAGAAGCCACUAAAGCCUUCUCUUCGCCCCACGCUAAUUCCAAAUGAUGAUGAACCUGUGAAACAAGAGGAGGAAGGGCUCUUCACGUCAAUCAGCAAACUUGUGGGUGGAGCAAAAUCAUCAAUUGCAGAGAUAAUCGGCGCCGCAUUCUCCAGAAAGAAGCGAGUAAACAUUCAUCAUCAUCAGCUGGGUAGGCCAACCUCCUGGCCAGUACAAGAAAGCUACGCCAUCCCACGGGACGAGACCCCACCGCCACUGGACACAAGGGCGCCGACCCCUCGCAAGAACUAUGCCUUCAUGUCCAAGGAGCCGGAGAAGAUCCACCACAUCCGCCACAGUCGGCCUCAGUUACAUGGCUGGACCGGAGAAGCAGCACCUCAGCAGCAGCAGCCGCCGCUGCCGACGCAGCCGCAGCAGGUGCAUCACCAGCAGUACCUGCAGCACCACAGGCAGUACUCGGCUGGGCCACAGACCUUUUACGAGCAGAGCUGCGAUGCAACCAAGGAGAUCGUCUUCGGAGCCGUGCAGGAGGGGGACACCAGCCGCCGUCCCGUGGAGAUCAAGGCCUUGAACCACGGGGACCCGGCAGCGCCGUACGAGCAGAACGGGCUGCGAUUCCGCAGCAGUUACAGCAUGGGCUACAAUGGCAACAACUAG